UCCUAUGAUUUUUAUUCUCAAAGUGAUAAAUUAACCUUUGUUUUGGUCAUAGUUUUUUUUUUUUUUUUUUUUGUAUUCAAAUUAUUUAGAAGUUGCAUUUUUUUUUGUCGUUCAGUGUCUGACUUUAUUUUUGAGAUGUAGACAUCUGUUGUGCUUUGGUUUUGAUGUAUCUAUUUUUUAAUGCAAACAAAACCAUUAAGGACCUGGCUUUGUAAAUUUUAAAUAAUUGUUUCAUUGGCUGUAUAUUUUUGCACAUCGUAAACUGAAAGAUUUAUGGUAUCAGAUAGGUAACAAAGGAUUAUGAUUUCAGGUGAAAAGGUCCUUAAAGGGUGUAGUCUCCGUUGUACAGUUAUUUACUUUGUUAUAAUUAAAGUAAAUAGUGUUUGUUCCCCCCUCAUUUUUUUAUUUUAUUUAUUAUUUUUAAAUCACUUUAGCUGUCAUUUAGUAUUCAUCACCUUUGCAGCACUGUCUGCAAUGUCUGAACAUGGGAGUAGAGGAGCAUGUGCUUAACACAUGGCCUGCAGGUAAUGCAGCCUGUUGAACAUACCCCCGGCAAAAAUGUCCAUGUUCUCCUUAGCCCAUGUCCAAACAUUGAUUCUGUUCUAUGGCACAGGGUUACCAUCCACCUUUGACCGAGGCUUCAAUUUAUUAUAAUUUUUUUUCUUCAUUUUCAAAUUUUAGUAAAACACUACUAAGAUUGUUAGCAUAUUGGGGAAGGAAUGUUUUGUUUGUGCUGGUUUCUUCAAGGACUCUUGUAGCAGAUUAGAUCUUUUUAGUAUUUGCUGUUGUUCUGGCCUUAGUAUAAUAAAGCAAGUGCAACCCUUCCACAUAACUUAAUAUGCUGUAACAUUGCUAUUAAGAAAUGUUGGCAAGUUCGUAGAUAUACAUAAUAAGCACAUAAUCAGGCCACAUAGUCAACCCGGCUUUAUGCCUUACAUGGGCUUGCAUUUCUUAUGUGGUAAACAUGGAUGGUAUCCAUAUGCUUGUUUUCUUUACUGUUUCCUAUUUGUCUGUUGUCUGCAGGCCUUUACACCUUUUUUUCAACAGUGUCAAGUUUACCCUUGAUAAUGAGUAACAACCCUGUAAUUUUUGUUUGCACAGAUUUGAUCCCACAAACAGUUUUUUUAGACCUACUGCUUUGGGUGCUGUUCUAAACUUCAAAUGACAAAUUUUGGGAAAACUAUAUUUAAAUGCUUUCUUUUGCCAUUCAGUUUUUACCUUGUAACCUACUUUCUACCUCUUCAUAUGGCACAAAAUGUGUAUAAUAAAUUCAAGCUUGAAAAAUACUUUUAUUUUAUGCUGGUUAUCUUUCAACCGUAGCCAUCUUACAUGACACUGAAUGUGAUUAAAUAGCUUAAUGCUGUAUCAAAGUUGAUAUAAGCAAAGGUUUCUGAACUGUGCAGGCAAAUUUUUGGAAGUUUGUUACUUAGAAUUGAGGAAUAGCUUUGUGACUGUGCUUUAAUAUUACUCUGUGUCCUUAAUGAUAAUUUCUAGAUAUUCAAGAUUGCCUUCCCUCUCCUCAGCAGUUAAUCGUUUGUGCUCUUUAUUGUCUUUCUCCUCCAUGAUGUGCUGCUCUUGCAGUCUGCACCUCACCACCUUCUGCCUACAGUACAAGCCCACAGUCAUAGCCUGUGUCUGCAUUCACCUGGCCUGCAAGUGGUCCAACUGGGAGAUCCCCGUUUCCACCGAUGGAAAGCACUGGUGGGAGUAUGUGGACAGCUCAGUUACACUUGAGCUUCUUGAUGAACUGACCCACGAGUUUCUGCAGAUUCUAGAAAAGACACCCAGCAGGUUAAAGAGAAUUCGGAAUUGGAGGGCUACACAAGCUGCUAAGAAGCCCAAAACUGAUGGUCAGGCCUCAGACAGCAGCUCUUUACCAGGUACCUCGUUAACCCAGGACCUAUCCUUGAUGGAUGCCAUUCCCGGGGUCUCUACAAAUACAGCCUUCUCGAAAGCCUCCAAUUCUUUUCCAGUGACCCUACCAGGCAACACAAGCAGCUGUCUUUCCCUGGAUUCCAUUGCCAACAUGCAGGGAUCUUCAUACACUUACACCGCCCCCAGUGACUGGCCUCAGGACUUAGCUCGUUCAGACCCAUAUUCUGUUAAACAACUUACCCCGCACUCCUCUAUGCACCCACAACGGCCUGACAAAAGCUCAGAGUUGAACCCUGCAAAACAUGUACACAAGGCCAGUGGUGUGUCGAAGCACCAGGCCACAACCUGUCCUCCACCUGCAGCACCCACACAGAAAAUGUCUCUGGAUAAGUACAGGGAGAAACACGCUGAGCUGGCAGUGCAAAAACGUAGACAAGAGCAGCAGAAUGUGGAGACUGAGGUCAGGGAUGUCUAUGGUACUCCAGCACAGACAGAUCACCGCAAGCACCUGCCCCAACUUUCUCACGGGCAGCAGAGGUUGAGCAGCAGUGCUGGAGCCACCACAGCCUCACCCCUGAAGAUGAAGCUGCCUGUCCCUGGGCAGGAAAAGCAGGGGGACAAACGAGAGAAGGGGAGCUCCUUAAAACUUCGUCUUCCAGUCCCUCCCCAUAGCGAAAAGGCAGGUUCAAGUAAGGAGGAGCUAAAAAUGAAAAUUAAGGUGUCCUCGGAACAGCAUAGCUCCUCAGAUGAGUGUGCUGCAAAGAGCAAACAUUCCAGCCCACUUGUGAGCAAGGAAAAACACAGAGACCACUCAGCCCAUCGUCACCACCACAAACAUGGCCACUCCCAUUCCCACACACAUAGCGGCAAUGGCAGGAGUGGGUUUGAGGCACCUGCAGCUGGUUUGGCCCUUCGGAGCCCGGUAGAUCCUGGUGGCGAGGGGGCAAGCUCAGCAUCCAGCUCUGCCUCCUCACGCAAGAGGGUGAAUGAAGCCAGCCUCAAUCACCACUCCAAAAAGAGCAAAAGCUCCAAAGGCAGUGCAGGUAGUUCCUCUCAUUGUUCCUCUGUUCAGCAGUGUGUCAUCUCACAACUCUAUUCUUAACCUUCCCUUCCCCCCCCUCCCCCUGUCACAUACCAGGUGGGCUACGGACAUCUCAGCACCCUAGUGAAACUGCACAGGAAACCAGUGGAGAGCCACGGCCAUGAGGGCGCCAGACUAGCUAAUGGCCAACACACAGACUAUAAUGAUACUUUUGAUAUGCUUGAUUCGCUGUUAAGUGCCCAAUGAAUGAACUCUUGA